AUGUCGAACCAGGUUGACACCAAGGAAGGACAUCCGUCAACGUUCGCCCACCUCGAGGAUGGCCCACGGACCGAUACCGGGAAAGAUGCCGAGGAACGUGCGCUGCUCCGGAAGAUCGAUAUGCGACUGGUCCCUUGCGUUUGGAUUAUGUACCUGAUGAGCUACCUCGAUCGAAGCAACAUCGGCAAUGCUUACACCGGAGGCAUGGGCGACGAGCUGGGGAUGACCAGCACCGACUAUUCUAUCUCUCUUCUGGUAUUCUUUAUUAGCUAUGUGCUCUUCGAAACACCAUCCAAUAUGAUCCUGACGAGAGUCCGGCCUAGCAUCUACAUGCCAACGCUCAUGUUUCUUUGGGGCGGUCUCUCGAUGUGUAUGGCUGCAGCCCAUAGCUGGCAAGUGGUAGCAGGUCUUCGCUUCCUUCUUGGGGUCCUAGAGGCCAGUUUCGCACCAGGAGUACUCUUCCUGCUCUCAGCAUGGUACAAGAAAGGCGAGCUCGGCCGUCGCUAUAGUGUCUAUUACACAGCUGUAGCACUGUCCGGCAUGUUUGGCGGCCUCAUCGCCGGCGGGCUCCUGCAAACUUUGGAUGGCGCACAUGGAAUAAGUGGCUGGAGGUGGCUUUUCAUCGUCGAAGGGGCAGGGACGUGCUUGGUAUCGGUAGCUGCGCUGUUUGCCCUGCCCGAUUUCCCGUCGACAACUCGUUGGCUCACGCCUAAUGAACGCGCUCUGGCCAGCAGACGUCUUGCCAGAGACUCCCUUGGCGAUACCCAAGAUGGCGAGACAAUCCAUCACAAGGUUGCCCUGAAGAUGGCACUCACAGACUGGAGAACAUGGGCUUUCGUCCUCACUUACAUGGCCACAACAGGCGCCCAGACGAUACAAUAUUUUAUCCCUGAGCUUGUGAAGUCGAUGGGAUACACAGGGUUCGAAGUACAGUACUACACCGCGCCAAUCUACGUCUGUGCCUUCGUGGCCAUCCUUGCUUUCUGUUUUUCCUCCGACUUCUUCAAGGAACGCGCGUUCCAUCUAGCAGCCGCCUCGGCACUGGCUAUUGUUUGCUUCGCCGUUCUCAUCGGCGUUUUGAACAACACAGGACGAUAUGUCCUUUUGUGUUUUGGUGUUGCAGGUGUCUAUGCUGCAUGCCCUCUUGUUAGCAUAUAUGUCUCGAACUCUAUUCCUCAUCCUUCUGAAAAACGCGCCAUUGUUCAAGCAACAGUCAACGCCCUUGGAAAUAGCGCCUCGAUUUAUGGCUCAUUCCUCUUCCCAAGUAAGGACAAUAACCAUAACCGUCUGGGCUUCAGCGUUACGAUGGUUUUCAUGGUUAUCGCUCUAAUUAUGGCAUUCGUACUACGAUAUUUGCUCGCCAAAUUCCCUUACCCAGAGCUUGUCGUACAUGGACAUGGAGCUGCACCAGCAAAAGAUGAUAAAGAAGUGGAUUAA